CAAGGCGCUUGUGGUUUUUUUUGGUCGCUGUUGCUUUUGUGGCGUGCAAGGAAAGUUUCUCAACGCCGCCUCCGCCGCCCUUAUAAAGCGAGCUGGUACCCUGCUUCGCCCUACUCGCCUGCUUAGGCUUCCAAGUACUCGUUGGGCGUUCGCACGAUCAAAAUGGCACCGCUGGCUGUGGCCGCCCUGCUGCUCGGCACCGCCCUCAUUGCCGCCGCCACCGCUGCGGAUCCGGCGCUCGACUCGCACUGGGGGGCCUGGCGGGACAUGCACGGCAAGAGCUACGAGCAGGCCGAGGAGGGCCAGCGUCGCCUCGUGUGGGAGCACAACCUGAAGAUGAUCGAUCGGCAUAACCUGGAGGAGGCCCUCGGCAAGCACUCCUACACGCUGGCCAUGAACCAGUUCGGGGACAUGACGGAGGAGGAGUUUGUGCAGACGAUGACGCGGCCCAUGCUCGUGAACGAGACGGAGGUCGCGGCGGAGUUCGUGACCUUCGAGCCGCCGCCAAACUUCACGGCGCCCAGCAGAGUGGACUGGCGCAAGACGGGCGCCGUCACGGACGUCAAAAACCAGGGCGCGUGCGGCUCGUGCUGGGCGUUCAGCUCCACGGGCGCCCUGGAGGGGCAGUGGAAGCUCCGCAGGGGGCAGCUCGUAUCGCUCAGCGAGCAGAACCUCGUCGACUGCUCACGCGUCGGCAACUACGGCUGCCGCGGGGGGUUCAUGGUCAACGCCUUCAAGUACAUCCACCAGAACCGCGGCAUCGCGUACGAGCGCAGCUACCCCUACACAGGGCAGGACAACCGGCCAUGCCGCUACGACCCCCGCAGCCGCGGGGCCUACCUCACGUCGUACGGGCGCAUCAGGAAGAACAGCGAGGCCGGCCUGCAACAGGCCGUCGCGAACGUGGGGCCAGUGGCCGUGGGGAUGGAUGCCAGCCAAAGGUCCUUCCAGUUCUAUAGAAACGGUGUUUACUACGACCCGCGGUGCAGCCGCACCAGGAUCAACCACGCCAUGCUCGUGGUCGGCUACGACCAGGAGGGGGGCCACGAGUACUGGAUCGUCAAGAACAGCUGGAGCAAACGUUGGGGCGACGGAGGCUACAUUAAAAUGGCCAAGCACCGGAACAACAACUGUGGAAUUUCCAACUACGCCUGCUACCCAAUCGUGUGACCUCCGCAGCAGCGGAGGCCGCGCGCGCGCUCGCACGCGCAUGCACGCACGCACGCACGCACGCGCGCACACACUCACACAAAGAUCCCCCGUGUAGCCUUAACAGAAUGUCGGGGCAAGU